AGGAAUUAGCUGAAAAUGGCGUCGACAUCAGACAGCCCGGUGGAGGAGGUUAUGUUCGAAAUUGAACCGUCCCGAGUGCCGAAACCUGUACCAGUGGCUUUGGAGGAUCUCUGUCGGCUCACCAAGUUCACCAGACAAGAGAUUAGGAUUAUGUACAGGGGGUUUAAGACGGUGAGUUCGAAAGACACUACUUAAAACUGUCCCGGCGAGUGAGAUACACUUUUAGUUUGCGC